AGUAAAUGGAUACAAGUUUUAAUACAAUUUAUUAUUAGACCUUCAGCCUUAUCUAAAAUGAUUUGUCUAAUCACUCAUGUUUGAAUGAAGCACAUGCUUACAUCAUAGAUAAAUACAUAAAAAAAAAAACAUUUGUCUGCUUAAAGGUCAAUAUAGGGGGCUUAUCUUCAUGAUAAGCCCCAAGCACAACGUAAAUAUGCCUUUGUAGCUUGUAUCUAAGAUAAAGAGUUAUUUAAAUAGUUUUUAAACGUUGCUUUUACAUUUAGUGUUAUCAGUGUCCAAGAGUUGCAUUUUAUUUAUUUUUUUCGCAUUAAUGUCUGAGAAAGGUCAUUUGAAAAAGGUGGAUUCAAGGGCAAGUUAACACAUGUGGGUGUUUUAGGAGUUAAAUUGAAGCCUUAUGAAAAAUUGCAAGCCUCGUAUGCGCUGUCUUCCUUUUUCAAAUAUGGGCGCGGCAGAAAAACACAACGGAACGAGGCGGUGCGCAUGCGCAUGCGCACAUCACAUCAAGUGUUUAGUUUUGCUAGCGCUCAAUUCCACAUAGCAAAUAGUAAGCAGUAACGCAGCAGACGGAUGAAUCACACACGAAACAGCUUACUUUGGUUUCAAGAUAGACGAAGAAUGCCCAAAACGUCGUGAGGAUGGGAGGUGUGACGUGUUUGUCCUGUGUUUUCCCCUGUUUCUCGGGCUGUUGAGAUGGCAUGACCAGUAGUCUCGGUAUGAGAGCUCAGAGCAUUACCUAGUGUUGCUCAGAGAGGGAGGUGGCCAUCAUCAUCAUCAUCAUCAUCAUCAUCAUCAUCAUCAUCCUCUGGCCAUAAUCAUUCUCAACAGCACAGGCACCAUCGCAUCAGAAGGCUUCGUGUACAGUUGGGCAUCUGUUCGUUUCUCACAAGAUUGACAUUUGCAGUGUGGAAUGAGUAUUUCGGGUAAGGGAGAAAGAAACCAGUUCAUGUGAAAGUCGAAAGUCAUCUUCAUCGCUCGUGUGUGUUAGCAUGAUGUUGCCAGGCGUGGGUGUAUUUGGAACAGGGCAGACGGUGCGUGCCCUGGUGCCAUUAUUCCAAAAAGAAGGCUUUCCUGUUCAGGCUGUUUGGGGUCGUACACAAGAAGAGGCAGAGUCGCUGGCUAGUGAGUUGGACAUACCCUUCUCCACCAGCCAGACUGAUGAUGUACUGCUACAUCCAGAGGUUCAUCUCAUUUGCAUAUUAACACCUCCACCACAUACACGCCAGAUUGCGGUAAAAGCUCUAGGUAUAGGUAAAAAUGUGAUCAGCGAUCAGGCUGCUACACUGACAGAUGCCUGUAAGAUGGUGACAGCGGCAAGAUAUUACCCACAGCUUAUGAGUAUCAUGGGAAAUUCUCUGCGUUUCUUGCCCGCCUUUGUCCAUAUGAAAUGCCUGCUGGGGGAGGGUUAUUGUGGGACUUUACAGGUGUGUGAAGCACGUGUAUAUGGAGGCUCACUUCUCAGCCAAUCAUAUGGUUGGGCAUGGGAGGAGCUUAUGGGGGGAGGUGGCCUGCACACAGUUGGCUCUUGUAUCAUUGACCUCCUGAGCCACCUCACUGGCCGUCGGGCUAUGCGAGUGCAUGGAAUGCUCCGGACUUUUGUGCGUCAAGGUGGCCCAGCGGGAGGAAUCCGUUCUGUAACUGCAGAUGACUAUGCUUGCUUUCAGCUGCUGAUGAGUGGAGGUGUGGUCUGCAGCGUGACAUUAAACUUUAAUCUUCCGGGCACGGAUCUGCAUGAGGUCAUGCUUGUGGGAUCAUCAGGGCGACUCAUUGCUCGAGGAACGGAGCUAUUUGGCCAACAGACCAGCAUGCAAGUAGAGGAGCUUCUACUGAAUGAUGAUGGUAGUGGUGUUGGAGGAGUAGGACCAUCUGUCAGUGGGCUGAACGCCAUGGUGACUCAGCUCCGACUUUCCUUUCAGGCACAAGAGGACAGGCGCUCUUGGGCACGGCAUCCUGUUUCCAUGGCAUCCACUUUUGAGGACGGGCUCUAUGUACAGACAGUUGUGGAUGCCAUCAAACGGUCAAAUCGCACUGGAGAGUGGGAGUCAGUGGAAGUCAAGAUUCAGGAUGUAGACCCAAACCACAACCACAGAACCCUGCAAAACUAACAC